UCUACGUCAUCACUUUAGGUGGACACCACUAGGUGCGCGCGCUUACCUGUUUAUCCGGCGCUGUGACGCUUGUGGCGACGUCUGUGUUCACCAACUAAAAAACCAGCUUGCUGAGGGAGUACACUAGUGGUUCCGGUUCCUGGAAGCUCUCCUGUGGAAAGUGUCGACCAUGGCCUUAUCAAGGACUCUCAUCUGUACUUUGUUGCUGAUUGCAUUGUUACAUUGUGUUCAAUCUCAAAACAAACCACCAAAGAUUACGGAACCAGAGGCAUCACAGACUUUUGAUGUUAGCUCAUCUGAUGAUACACCAGUUGUCUUACAAUGCAAGGCGGAAGGGGAACCUAAACCCCAAUACCGCUGGGAGUUUAAUGGGGAUCCGGCAGAGGGAGUAGCUUUUGCUUCAGAUCCAAUCACUGGAACAUUGACUAUCACCGGCUUCACAGACCGAGAGGAAGGAAGUUACCAAUGUUUUGCUGAGAAUGAGAUAUCCACCGGCAUCAUUGCAGCUGCUAUGUCCCCUGUCAUCACGCUGCGUGAAAUCAAGAUGGGAGAUAGUUGGCCAGAUCCCCUGAUCAGAGAACCAAAAGUUAAUGAAGGGUUUUACCUGAAGCUUGAGUGUGAAAAUCAGCCUGUAUCUGUCCCCACAGCUCAAUAUACAUGGUACUUCGUGUCUGGAAGUGAGACACAGGGAGAUAUUAAAAAUUCUGACAGGAUAUAUACUGACAACUCAGGUUCUCUUCAUUUUAUGUAUACAUUGAAAGAAGAUCAGCAAAGUGAUAAGACUUACAAGUGUGGCAUGUUCAACAGCAAAUUGAACAUUAUCAAGCUUGGCAGUGAGAAAGACAUCAUAGUGACCUCUGGCGACUCUGUCCCACAGGUGCCUGCAGGAGCUCAGUUCCACACUAAUCCUGCCGUAUUUUUGAGAACACAAGAUGCUGAACUUGAAUGUGUCUUCAGUGGCAAUCCAGUGCCAAGUAUCACCUGGUACAACAAGUCUGGCAAACUAAUUACAGCAAACAACAAGUAUGAAUAUGUUGCUGACACCGAAGGUCGCAAGUUGAGAAUUAAGAAUGUGCAAGAGGAAGAUGAAGGAAUGUACAAGUGUAAAGGAAGUAAUAGUGCUGGAAGCAGUGAAACGUCUUUGUUUAUGGACAUCACAUCGGGCCCUAUCUGGGUUCAGGCACUGAGUUCUCAAACUAUCCCAGAAAAGAGAGAUGCUGUAUUUACAUGUAUUGCUAGACCUGCAAAGGGUGAAACUGCUCUUAGUCCUCCUGUAUGGUUCAGAAAUGGAGUGCCAAUGCCCAUUCAGAAUAGUCCAAAAUAUGAGUUCAGUGAUAACGCAAGGGUAUUAACAGUCAAGAAUUUAACCAAGGCCACCGAUGUCAUGUGCUUCCAGUGUAAUGUCAGUAACAACAUUGGAUACGAAUUUGGUGAUGCCUGUCUCAAUGUUAUUGAACCGAUAGUCAUCUUGUCAGAGCCUUCACUUCGCAAGAAAUUACGAGGUGAUAUAGUCAAUUUGACAGUGACUGGAAAAACAGAUCCUGCUUAUGUUCUGAAGUAUAGAUGGCGGUUUGGCAACGUCACAUACGAGUUGACCUCUCCUCCACAUGUUAUUUACAAUGAAACAACACAAACAGCGUACAUCAACACAACUAAUCUCAGUGAUGAGGACUAUGACAAGAUAAAUGGGACAUACUACAGAGACCUUUACCAUCCCUUUGAAACCAAGACUGUUGCCAUUGACGUUAUUGUGACAGAGCUUCCUGUUAUAGUACCUGGACCAGUAGUAGCUGCAGGAAUGGAUCUGUGGUGGAUUGCCCUCAUCGUUGCUCUCAUAAUCCUUAUCAUCGUCAUCAUCCUUAUCACCAUCAUCUGUAACAGGAAGCGACAGGAGGGAACCUAUCCAUUGGACAAGAAAGAAAGAGCUAAUGAUAUCGACCCAGAGAAAGAUCUUGCGGACAGUGGCUUCCAUGACUUGUCUCGUGCCCCUGGUGAUGACGAUUUCCCCAGCAAGAAGGCUGGAGGGUUGAACCCCAACUUUGACUAUGGUGAUGACAUGGACAUGGGGGAUGAUGACGAGUCACUCAUGGAGUACGGAGGUGGUGAUUUUGAUACCACCAAGUUCAAUGAAGAUGGAUCAUUUAUUGGACAAUACUCAUCCAAAAACAAAACACCAGAAGUGACACAGAGCCCAAUGCCUCUGAACCACAACGCCACCGAGUCCCAGAUAUAGCAGGCACAAGAUUGCCGUAGCAUCAGGAUCUGAGGCUUGAUGUUAGCUGUGUUGACAUAACGUGGACAAUAGUGUCUUGAUAUUGAUCAGAGUCAGUGCUAUAUUUUGAAAUGUAGAGAGGUAAAAUCAGCUUUUAUGAAAUAUGUUUAAUUUUAAAUUUGGCAUUGAUAAAUGAAAUGACAUCACAUGUUUUAAAUUAUUAAGGUAACAUUUGGGAUUUAUUGAGAGUGCUGGUUUGGUUAUCCUUCUUUUGAAGCAGCAGGCAGCAUGAAUCAUUUAUGCAGAUACUAUAGCAAAUAGGGCAAGCUAGCCUGAUCAGUGCCUGAAGGCUCUGCAGUCCUUUAUGUGCUGGCUACGCACACAUCUUGGCCUGUUUUACAGCGGUCCUAUUCAGGAGAAAGGAGUAGAGAUAUAUUACCAUUUGAAGUUUGCCGAAAGAUGGACUUUCUUUUGUGAAGAGAUUAGGAGUGUAUUGUUAAUUAACCUUUGUUACCAUGGUUACAGUGUUAGCAUUAUGACUAGCUAGGUUCUGUUUCUAGUCUCUCUAUGCUGCAAACUCUUCAGCUUCCAUGAGAACCAUAUCCUCCAAAAUAUAGUAUGGUGGGUUUUUGAGAUGGUAUUGAAAAGAGUUAGAAGAUUGAUGAUGUCAGGGUAACCUUUGAUAUUCUUAGUUGAUAUUUCUGGUGUUUAUUUCACCAUAUGAAACAUGUACAAGAACCUUUGAUUUUCCAUGGCAUCACCUUGCAGUAAGCAAGAUAUUUCCACACCCUUAUAUCAUACAAAGUAAGUAUAUACUAUGAUACAUGAUUUUAGUCAAAA